GGGAGCGAGCACGUAACUCCAUCUCGUCUUCCAUGUAACACCGGUGCCUCCGCUGCAUCUACCACUUUACUUUGACGCUGUAUUUGUAUUUUACAUAGCUGUCAAACGGCCAUUGUCACGUCAGCGUUAUGUCGUUACCAGAUGCGGUUGCGGCUGAUGUCUCAGAGGUGUCAGACAGAUUCUCCUUUAUGGCUGCUGUCAGCAAGACCCCGAAGAAGAUUCAGUUCGCAGAUGACAUGCAAGAGUUCAGCAAGUUUCCCACUAAAACAGGACGCAGAUCCUUGUCCCGCUCCAUCUCUCAGUCAUCCACUGACAGCUACAGUUCUGUUGCCUCUUACACAGACAGCUCAGAUGAUGAGUUAUCCCCUAGAGACAAACAACAAACCGCUUCAAAAGGCAGCAGCGAUUUUUGUGUCAAGAAUAUUAAGCAGGCUGAGUUUGGUCGACGUGAGGUUGAAAUUGCUGAACAAGAAAUGACAGCUCUGAUUUCCUUAAGGAAGAGAGCACAGGGAGAAAAGCCUCUAGCAGGAGCCAGGAUUGUGGGAUGCACACACAUUACAGCUCAAAUUGGGGUGCUUAUUGAGACUCUAUGUGCCCUUGGAGCCCAAUGUCGUUGGUGUGCUUGCAAUAUCUACUCCACCCAGAAUGAAGUUGCAGCUGCCUUGGCUGAAUCAGGUGUUGCAGUCUUUGCAUGGAAAGGUGAAUCAGAAGACGAUUUCUGGUGGUGUAUCGAUCGAUGUGUCAAUGGAAAUAGUGAUUGGCAGGCAAACAUGAUCCUUGAUGAUGGCGGGGAUUUAACUCAUUGGGUUUACAAGAAAUAUCCUAAUGUUUAUAAAAAGAUUCGGGGCGUUGUGGAGGAAAGUGUGACUGGAGUGCACAGGCUAUAUCAAUUAUCCAAGGCUGGUAAGCUUUGUGUCCCUGCCAUGAAUGUGAAUGACUCUGUAACCAAGCAGAAAUUUGACAACUUGUACUGCUGUCGAGAGUCUAUAUUGGAUGGUCUAAAAAGAAGCACAGAUGUUAUGUUCGGCGGAAAGCAGGUCGUAAUCUGUGGCUAUGGAGAGGUUGGGAAAGGAUGCAGUGCAGCUCUGAAGGCCCUAGGUGCUGUUGUGCAUAUCACAGAAAUUGACCCAAUCUGUGCACUACAAGCUUGCAUGGAAGGCUUUCGGGUGGUUAAACUAAAUGAAGUUAUACGGCAGAUGGAUGUAGUCAUCACUUGUACAGGUAACAAAAAUGUGGUUACACGGGAACAUCUUGAUCGUAUGAAGAAUGGCUGCAUUGUAUGUAAUAUGGGACACUCUAAUACAGAGAUUGAUGUGACUAGUCUUCGCACUCCUGAGCUUACAUGGGAGCGUAUACGAUCUCAGGUGGAUCAUGUAAUCUGGCCUGAUGGAAAGAGAAUUGUACUGCUGGCUGAGGGCCGCCUCCUCAAUUUGAGCUGUUCAACUAUUCCUACUUUUGUACUUUCAAUAACGGCCACUACAGAGGCUCUAGCAUUAAUUGAACUAUACAAUUCUCCAGAAGGCCGUUAUAAAGAGGAUGUGUAUUUGCUACCAAAGAAAAUGGAUGAGUACGUUGCCAGUUUGCACCUACCUUCCUUUGAUGCCCACUUAACGGAGCUAAGUGAUGACCAGGCCAAAUAUCUUGGACUCAACAAGAAUGGACCGUUUAAACCUAACUAUUACAGAUACUGAAACUUGGAGGACCCCAGUAUACCAAGGCAUCUGUAAAAUGUCAAGACCACA